GUUGGCAGUGGGAACCCAAGGAUAGACCCACCUUCAAGGAAAUUGUCUUUCUACUGGAGAACAUGUUUGACAAGUCUAGCAUUAAUGAAGGCCCUACGCCUCCAGCAGGGAGAAGAGUCUUGUCUGUGCUAGAGGAGGCAGACAUUACUGCAGCAAAAAUGAGUGAAGCACUUUACAGAAAGUCUUCUAGAAAGAAAUCUGGCAAGUCAGCACCUCUUCCGCCACGCGGUGGGGAUAUUGACAUGGAACUGAAGAAUCGGAUCCGUCUGCAAAAAGCAAAACUGGAAAGUUCAUCUUUUGUUGAAGAAGGAGAGUUUGUAGAUAGCGGUCUGGGUAUGGAUUCGGCUCAUCGUGGAUUCUCGUACUCAUCUUAUAAUUCCUCUAUUCCUCCAGCAUUGAAAGCACAGGGAGGUCAGAUCAGCUCCCCAACCUUCCUUAGAGAAGACAAGGCUAGCAAGGCUUCAGUGGACAACCUCAAGGCAGCUCAGAUCGACCGAUCUAAGUAUCUCAUUUCUGAAGCCAAUGCGCGGACGUUUGAAAAGCAUGCGCCAGAACGUAGCAGUACUAGAAGCAUGGACACUAGGGCUGGAGAGAGACUAGACGGCAGCCAGGACAUGGGGUUCAUAGUGUCAGGGCAGUACAACAAAAAGGCAGUGCUGCCUCCGCAGCGUUCGGCAAUGCUGCCUCGCAAGAAACUUUCAGAACAUUCUUUGCCACACGAGUUGUCGCACAGUGUUAGUGUGGAUGAAACUGACUUGGACAGCACUCCCAGGGUAGGGAAGUUGGAUGUGACAAAUGUUACCAAGGCAAUUAACAGGUAUGGGACUAUCCCUAAAGGUGUUAGAAUAGGCGCUUAUUUAGAAUCCAUGGAGAGGGAACAAGAAAGUCACGGGCAUGAACUGUCUGCAGUCGACGAUCAUGACUCUGGGACGGACAGUGCUAGCGUCACUUCCUGUCCUGCUUUAGGCGGGGAUCACAGUAUAGAAGCCGGGCCAGGGGUGAGUUUAGGGCUUGCUGUGAAAAGAGUAGAAGGAUUCAGUGAGGACUCAGAUCCUGGCAUUAAACAGGAGCCCAAUUUAAAACCAUCUGCCUUUGUGAAGUCUCAGUCGCAGCACGGGCUCGGUGACGGCGCACCCACUGCCGGCUCACAUCAGCACCAAGGGGUACAAACAUCCAGCUCCACCAACGUCAAGUCUCAGUACUCCGGCCUGCUGCAGAGGCAUAAAUCAGAUCUCUCCUCAUCCAGCAAACCUUCCACGCCUUCCGAGCUCUUCACCUCAUCAGACCAGAUGAUCACAUCAACAACAUCUUCCGGCUAUCAACAUCCCACUUCUGUCCAUCGCUCAGACACAGACCCCCUCUCCCAUCUAGUAGACCACUCCCCACCCCAGCCCGCUCCCCCACACUCAGCCCCUCCCAUCACAUCACACUUUCCUGACCUCUGCGGUAUUAAUAAACCCAAACCUAGCCCUAGAUUUUCCCGCCAGUACGGGGAUGGGCUUGGGGUUCAGGACCAGCCUCAACUUCAGAUUCGGCCGCCUUUGGCCGCAGUGCCUGCCAACAAUUUAGCCACCGACUGCUCCGUUUUGAACAGCUCAGAAUCAUACAAGCCUCCAGCCUGGAUGGUGGGGCUGAAGUCUCGAAGCGAGGACAACCACCAGCAGUCCAACGGUACGCCCAGCAAUGUCAGCUCAUUCAAAAUCUACACCAAGCCUUCAGUGAACAUAAACUCCCACCUGGAGCAGAAGCAUCAACAGUCUCCUGCUCUACGGGAGACCAGCAUAGACCAAGUCAACAGUGGAAGCUUCGCCACAUCUGCAGAGCCUGCCUCCUCUGGCAGAUCUGAGACUGUAGCUUACCGAUCCACCGGUGUCAAGCUGCUGCCCACCACACCUGGUGGAGGUCCACUCUUAGAGUCCAUUUCUAUGAGCGGCAGUUACAUUUCUGACCCCCAGCAGACGCCGUCACCAGCUGGAGAUGGGGUCGGAGGUCAGUCUAACUGUACAGAACCUGUCAACAUUGACUGUAUUAAAUCAGCCUCUGAUAGGUUGAACUCCUGUAUUGACAAACUGGCACAAGCAGGGAAUAAGUCGAGUACAAAUUUCAUGCUCCUGUCAGAAGAAGUCCUGGCCUUUUACGGCCUUUGCUCACGAUACAUUGAUGCUUUGCCACCUCAUGCCAAAUUCCACGCUCGGGAACUGUUAACACGAAUGCAGGCUCACAGCCAGAACUUGAAAACCUACACAAGCACCUCUCCCUCUGGGGGUAGCAAACUACUUGAUGAUAUACAGUCAACAAAUAAGGAGAUAAUGACUGUUAUCCAGAGAUAG